AUGUCUCUCUUCCACCAGCCGUCUUUCCAAGAUAAGAUCAGCAGCAUCGAAGAUCCCAAACACCUCAUCGCCUUGUUUGCGGCCAUGUUUUCUAUUUCCUCGAGAUUCGCUCCUCGCCGAAACACGAUGCAGGGCCUGAACACAUCAACGUCCACGUCCCCGUCCCCGUCUGCUCUCGACGGAUCCAACUUACCCUCCCACAAAGAGUUCCAUGUGCUUUCGCUGAAAUACAUCAACGAGGCCAUGGACGCCUGUUCCAACAGUCCCCCCCCUCUUUGUCUCGUGCAAGCGAUGACUCUGGCCGGCUUCUAUUCAUUGGUCAACGGCGUGUACGGGCAGGCGUGGCGACUGGUCGGGGCGGCGGUUCGAGUGGCCUAUGAACUUCGACUUCACCUGAUCGAUCAUGAAGGCCUCAACAAAGCGCCGUCCAGCGACAAUGAACUUACGGCGUGGUCGUUCAGCGAGGAGCGACGGCGAUGUUGGUGGGCAUUGUGGGAGAUGGACAUAUUCGCUUCCACGAUCAAGCGGGCGCCGACGGCCAUCGACUGGAAGAUGAACGAGACGUAUCUUCCGGUGUCGGAUGAUCUCUGGUUCGCGAACAAGUACCAGGCGUCCUGCCUGUUGCGAGGGGAGCCUGAAGAACGGUGGCGGCAUCUGAAACAGUCGGGGAACGAAGGGUCUUUUGCCUGGGCCAUCCUCCUGGCGGCGUUGAUGCGUGACGCGCAGAUCUUGUGCCACGACAACCUCCAGGGCAAGUUUGCCAACCUCGACCCCAAAAGCGACGUGCCCAAGCUGGUGCAGUACUUCAGCAACAGUUACACGCGGCAGGCGGCGGAAGAAAUUUCGGAACGACUGUCUAGUCUGGUGCGGGCGUAUCAAGCCAUUCGCGAAGAGCUUCCGGCCGCGCUGGAGCACGGCGGCGAACCUUUGAACUUUGACCUGGUGGCCGGGGAAGACCCGCUGGCAGCCCGGCGAGCCAGUGCGGGCAAAUACAUUGUGGGCAUGAUGAAGGCGUCGGCCAGCUUCAUGAUCUAUCAGAAUCACGUGGUUGCCGACAUGAUCGAAGGGUUGAUUCCUCUCCCCCUUUUUUCCAGCCCCGAGGUUCCCACGCAAUCGUCGGACCAGUCGACGGUGAUGGGCGAUGAUCCGACCACGCGGGUGGGCCUCGAAAACUUCCUGGAAGCCAGCGACACGGUUCUCAGAUUGUUGACGAGCUGUCCGGGCGACCACGUCAGAUACGUGAGCCCGUAUUACGCCAGCACGGUGUGGAUUGCGGCCACGUUGCAGAGCUUCAAGCGCAUCUUCCGAUGGAAUGAGGCUCCGAUGCUGACGGAGAGCAAAUACGCCACUCUACGUCAAACGUACAUGCGAUUCGCCGAGUUCUGGGGCACUCCGCUCACAUUACUGCAGAACUUGGACUCGUUGGAAGCGCGACUGGAAGCUCGACAAAAGGAAAUGGAGAUGUCUGGGCCGGAGCCUGUGACCAACCCGACAGGAGGUGCACAUGCUUUGGGCAUGGACAUGCUGGGCGGGGGUGGUGGCGGGGGGGAAGGGCUCGGGGCUGUUGAAGCCAUUCGGCAGCCGCAGCCGCCGGGGCUCCUUCAGUCAGCAAGCGUUCCCUACGAGGCUUCGCAGUUCAGUGGCGCUGUCGAUGCUCCUUCUGCACUGCGAUCACCAGAUGAAAGUCUGGAGUGGUCAUCGGCCAUGGGAGGUGAAGUCGACCCUUCGACCGAUGACUCGGCCUUUACCGGUGACUGGAGUGGCCCGUUUCCUGAUGAUUUGUUUGUGGACAAUUUUGCGUGGUAUUCGUCGGAUAUCAUGGCGGCACUAUGUCAUGGAUAUGCGGGAUGA